AUGUCAUCAGUAUCUUUUCUUGAGCAAUUGACCAGCAGUGUGUCAUUAUCAAUGAUGACCAUUGUAUCAGUCAUUACUUUGGCUGUGAUUCUAAUUGCUACUGUUGCCUUUCGACUUUUGUUUUCAUCGCCGAAAAAGUCGAAAACAAGUUCAUCAUCGAAACAAAAUGUGAAUAAAGCUAAGAAAUCCAAAGAGACAAAUGCAAAACAACAGUCAACUGAUGCACCAGCCGCAAACAAGAAAAAAGCUAAGAAGAGUGCAGCACCUACUAAACCUGUCGUCUCAUCAACAUCACCAAGUUCACAAUCAGAAGAAAGUGAAGAAGAAAAAGUCGAAGUUGCACAAACUGUCAAGAAGUCGAACAAAGCUUCUACAGGUAAAAAGGUGCCUUCGUCGGAUACGAAUAACAAAACAGGUAACGCGGAUAAUGAUAUUAAAGCACCAUCAAAACAGCAAGUAUCUGCACGUAACGACAAAGUAAACGAAACACAAAAUACUGAGGCGAAGAAGAAACAAACAAAAGUCGCUGAAACUCCAGCAGCUCCGAAACAACAAGCUGCAGAAAAAAAUAAAAUCAACAAGGCCAAUGCAGAUGUUGCAAAUAAGAAACAACCUGCAGUUGUUAACGCUGAACCAAAACAGAAUUUACCUGUUACUAAUGAUGGCAGCUCUGAUCAAGAGGAUGAUGGUCAAUGGGUGACACAAGGCGGAGGCAAACAAGUUGCUAAUCGUAAUAAGGGCAAAGGUAAAAACGACACAGCAACUGUUGCAAAGAACAACCAGCAACAAUCGGCAUCGACAACCUCUGCCAAUCGUAAAAGUGGACUUGAGAAACAAAAGCCAACAGCGUCUGUACCGUCUGUAGCUAAAAGUGAUUCGGAUGUUGAAACAACAACACCGACACCUUCAACUAAUCAAGUACCUAAACCACCAGUACUUCAAGAGCCAAUUGAAAUCUAUCAAUUGUUACCAACGGGUGAAGAUCGUUAUACGGCUAGCGAUAAUUGGUGGAAACAAGCACUAAACAAGCAACAAGCAUUCUCUGUUACUGAUAUUGGUGAUUGGCCAGAGCGCGACCAAGAGGAACAAUACAUUGUCAAUGUUCAACGUAUUGUACCAGUCAAACCGGCAAACAGCAAUGUUAAAACAGCUCUAACAGAAAAAGAUAUCAAUGUCAAUGGCAAUGAUCAUGUUCAUAGCUACAAAAAUGCUCAAGACGAUCAGAAAUUAAAUUUCAAUGAGGAAAUGAAUUCGCCCUCGAUUGUGACAGGUGAAUCUACUAAUACCUCAUCUCAGUCAAAAAAGAAGACCACCAAUGUCCGUCGUAUUUCUUAA